UACCUCAUUUCGUUUGUGAAUGUAAACGUUAAUUGUCCAUCGAAUUAAAGUAAUUAACCAUUUUAAAUUAUUCUUUUUGAUUGUUGUUUGUUGUUGAGAUUUUGUUUCUAUUGAAUUGUAACUGAUUUUCUUUGAAAAAAUGUCUUUUAUGUUACAGCAUCUUCGCAAUGGUUGGGAGGUUGACCAGGCGAUUUUGUCAGAGGAAGAUCGGGUUGUUAUUAUACGAUUUGGACACGAUUGGGAUCCGACUUGUAUGAAAAUGGAUGAGACACUUUAUGGUGUUGCUGAAAAGGUUAAAAAUUUUGCUGUCAUCUAUUUGGUGGAUAUAAGUGAAGUUCCUGAUUUCAACAAAAUGUACGAGUUAUAUGAUCCAUGUACAGUUAUGUUUUUCUUUCGAAAUAAGCAUAUAAUGAUUGAUCUGGGAACUGGUAACAAUAAUAAGAUCAAUUGGGCUCUGGAAAAUAAGCAAGAAUUGAUCGAUAUAAUUGAAACCGUUUACAGAGGAGCAAGAAAAGGUCGCGGUUUGGUUGUAUCUCCGAAAGAUUAUUCAACUAAAUAUCGAUAUUGAUCCAAAGUGUUCAUGAUUUUCUCCUUAUUGUCAAUAUUUUCAAGCGACCAUCACUAGUAACAUGGUUACAAAAUUUCAACAAAAUUGAUGUUAAUUGCAUGACCUUGGAAUAAUCAAGUAAAUCAUUUUCCAUCUCAUCAUUAAUUUGACAUUAAUGUUAUUUGCUCACUGGAAAAAUGAUCACAAAUUAUUCUCGACUGGUGAUUAGAGUCUUCACUCAUUAAUCUUACUACAUUUCCAUGAGAAUUUGUUUAUUGUGUUGAUUUUAUUGAAUAAAUCAAACUGUUCCACAGGAAAUCAAGUAAAUUCUGUGUUAAUCUAUUUCACAACAUGAAAAUGAUUGAAUUAACUUUCUUUCCGAUUUAAAAGCAAAUGAUGCUGCGAAUUAGAUUUUUUCAUGGAUAACUCAAAAGUCUAUUUUUAAAUCGUCUAUUGAAAUGAUAUAAUUAUCCCAAGAACAAUGAAACAGAAAGAACUACCACUCGCAAUGAAUAAACUAAUUGUUAAAACGUGUCGAUUUGGAUACAUUGUAUUUUAUUUGGUUAAUGAUUGCAUCAAGUUAACCAACUCAUACAAUAAUAUGAUUUGGUUUGUUUUAUCUCUUACAUUUUCUAUAAUUUUUGAUUUUUCUGGGAUUGAUAACCUUUUUUCUUCUUCUUCUU